AUGGCAACAAAAUUUGAGAUUGAGAAAUUCAAUGGGAGUAAUUUCUCCCUUUGGAAAUUGAAGAUGAAGGCGAUCCUGAGGAAGGAUAAUUGCUUACCAGCAAUUGAAGGUAGACUUGUAGAUAUAACUGAUGAAAAAAGGAAAGAUAUGGAUGACAAUGCUGUUGCCAUUUUGCACUUAGCAAUGGCGGAUCCAGUUUUGUCCAGUAUUGCAGAAAAGAAAACUGCAAAGAAGAUUUGGGAUACUCUCAUCCAAAUGUACGAGGUCAAGUAA